GCUGGGCAAGAAGCCGAGCGGGUUAGAGAGGCGGAGAGAGGAUGCGGCCGUCGGCAGCUGUCCCGAGCAGUGCUCGGUGAUCGCCUCCCCCGGAGGAGGAGUUGCCCAGACCGUUGCCACAUUUCUUGUUUUCCUCCCCACCCUCCCUCACCCCCCGUAAUUACAUUGGCUGCUGGAGGGGACAGGGAGAGACGGAGGAGGCGCCUCGCUUCCCCGCUAGCGCCCGCCACCCCUGCUCCUUCCCGUCCCGGGCCAGGAUGACUGGAGUCUUUGACAGUCUGGUGGCUGAUAUGCACUCGACCCAGAUCACGGCCUCCAGCACGUACCACCAGCACCAGCAGCCCCCAAGCGGCGGCGGCGCUGGCCCCGGCGGCAGCAACGGCAGCAGCCUCCACAAGCCCCAGGAGUCGCCCACACUGCCGGUAUCCACAGCUACCGAUAGCAGCUACUACACCAACCAGCAGCACCCGGCGGGCGGCGGCGGCAGUGGGGGCUCGCCCUACGCGCACAUGGGCUCCUACCAGUACCACGCCGGCGGCCUCAACAACGUCCCUUAUUCCGCCAAGAGCGGCUACGACCUGGGCUACACCGCCGCCUACACCUCCUACGCACCCUACGGGACCAGUUCUUCCCCGGCCAACAACGAACCUGAGAAAGAGGACCUCGAGCCUGAAAUUCGGAUAGUGAAUGGGAAGCCAAAGAAAGUCCGGAAACCCCGCACCAUCUACUCCAGUUUCCAGCUGGCGGCUCUUCAGAGGCGUUUCCAAAAGACUCAGUACCUGGCACUCCCCGAGCGAGCGGAGCUGGCGGCGUCUCUGGGCCUCACCCAGACUCAGGUCAAAAUCUGGUUCCAGAACCGCCGGUCCAAGUUCAAGAAGAUGUGGAAAAGCGGGGAGAUCCCUACGGAACAGCACCCGGGGGCCAGCACCUCGCCACCUUGUGCUUCGCCGCCCGUGUCGGCGCCGGCCUCCUGGGACUUCAGCGCGCCGCAGCGGAUGGGGAGCGGUGGCGGCCCCGGCAGCGGCGGCAGCGGCGCCGGCAGCUCGGGCUCCAGCCCGAGCAGCGCGGCCUCGGCCUUCCUGGGAAACUACCCGUGGUACCACCAGGCCUCGGGCCCUGCCUCACACCUGCAGGCCGCCGCGCCCCUGCUGCACCCAACGCAGACCCCGCAGCCACACCAUCACCACCACCACCACCACCACCACCACCACGGCGGCGGGGGCGCCCCGGUGAGCGCGGGGACGAUUUUCUAACCCGAGGGACACUACGCAGGAGACUGAGAGAGCAGAGAUCGGUGAUCUUCAGUGCUCGCCCGGAGAGCCAGAG